CUUUCAUCUAUAAUAGACUCAUAAAAAGAGGCUCAGGAAGCUGAGACUUUUCAGAUGAUAUUACCAACAUCGGCCUUCUCGGUUGCACAGACAUUUUUCAAUCUGCCCUUUUAAAUUAAAUUAUAAAAUGUUCGAGGCAAUUUAUUUUGGAAAAAUAAGUAAAGAAGAAACUGAAAGGUUGCUCGAGAUAUAUGGGAAAGACGGCAGUUUUUUGGUACGAGACAGUGAAAGUGUGCCUGGAGCGUAUUGUCUCUGCGUCCGGCAGGGUCUAUUCGUCUGCACCUACAGAAUUAUGCGAUCUUCAGGAAAAUGGGGGAUCCUGACAUCCCCAAUUACUGUGCCCCAAUUAUUUAAAACCUUGGAUCUGCUCAUUGAAACCUACAGAAGAUCCCCUCCUUCCAGCAUGGCACCUCUGUAUCACCCUUUGAAGAAAUCGUCUGUCUGUGAACACUUGCAAGAUGAAGGGCUUCAAUACCUGGAGAUGUUCUAGCUGUCUUCAAAAACCCUCAGGGCAGAUGAUAUGACCUGGAUGAAGUAACUUUUCAGAUAAACGCGGAAGGACAGGCUUUGCCUUUAUUCUUUUGGUCGAAGCAUUUCUAAUUUCAUUUACUGUGACAUGUUUUACACAACAAAAUUGGGCGAUUUUAAAUGCCACACUUGCCCAAGGAUUUAUGGGAAGAUCUGCCUGAAAGCUGAUUUGUAGUUUCAUUUUACCGACUUUAUAUCUGUAUUUUUAUAGUUGUCUUAAAGACAUAAUGGCCUCAUGUUCAAUAGUUGUCCAAGGAGAGUUUGCUCCUUUAAAAUCUAUACUGCUCUCAAUACCAUUGGAGUUUUUUGCCUCAUAAUAUUUGACUGUUUUUUCCAUUUGUACUGGAUCAUAAUUAUUUUAUUGCUCAUUAUGUGUUAUUUUUUACAAUUAUUUGUUUAUUUUAUUGCAUUUUACCAAAGGGUCAGCUCUUGCUUAAUGCCAUCACUGCCAUCUGAUGGACAUUGUAAUAAUUUUUUUCAGUAGAGUAUAUUAUUUUUUUGUCUAAUUUUCUUCAUUCUCUAUUUGCAUCAAUAACGUAAUUGUACUUAUUGAUCUUUUAACCAUUAAUCUGUUCUGCCAUUAAGUACCCAAAUGUAGUUAUGAAAACAAAGGUGCGGAGCACAUAAGCAGGGGUUUAAAGAUGUAAAGAACUCAUAUUUUAACUCCUUCUUUACAAAGUAACUAGAAGUGGAAAAGCUCCUCUGCACUCAUCAAAGAAGAAUUCACAAUACUUAGGUUAUUAAACCAUUAUGAUGCAGUAAUUGUGAUACUGUAUGUUUGAAUGUGGGUUGUGUAUCAGCAAAGAAUGAGAUGAACUUCUGAAUGUGGACAUGGUUGAUUAGCAGUGACCCCAUUUGAAUAUACUUCAUAAAAUGAUAAAUGAUUUCAUAUCCGAAAUUGGAAACAACAGGAAAACAAACAGAUCUCAUCAGCGGCUGUGUAAUGAGAGAAGAAAGAAAGUACACUAUUUAAGGAAGAGCACCUUUAGAAUAUUUAUAAAAAUGCCAUUGAUUCUGACCAUAUGGUUUGUAAAUGUAUAAAGGGCAAUUAGAAAUGGCAAAAGGCUUUUUAAUAUACUGAUAAUAACACAAAAGAGAUCUGUUAGUGUUUCUUUUUAUAUUUCAAAAAGUAAAAUGUCUCAAGAAUGGUAGUACUUUUGGGGGAAAGGCAAAAAUCAAGUCUGGGUAGGCUGCCAGUCUCUUACAGGGUCCAUUCAUCCACACACAAGCCAGUUUAUAAUCAUAAGCCCACGUAACACACACGUCUUUAAAAUGUGGGAAAGAAAACAGGAAUAAUCCUUGUAGACAUGCGGAGAAUGACUCCACACUAGUAGUUACUGAGCUAAGAUUUGAAUUCAGGAUGUUAGCUCUGUAAGGCUGCAGUGAUAACCACUAUGCCACUCAAAAUAAAAUAUAUAUGAAAAAAAAAACAUUUUUCUGAAGUUUUCAACUGUGAAGAGGACAAUAACAUUCUAUAUUUAGUUCAUUGUCCACAGGAAAACCCCACAUUUAAACUGGUUUGAUUGUUACAUUAAAGCAGUUACUUCUAUGUGUAUAGUGUACAAUCAGAAAUGCAAAAUGUUUAAGCUAUUUUUUGUAUUUUAUUGAAGAAAUCAUUUUUUCCUUUUAGAUUGUUACUGUUUCUUAUUUCUUUUAAAGUACACUUCCACUAGUUUUUACCUGUAAGCCACUUGCUAAUAAGUACAACAAUAUACUUAUUGUCUAUAUUUAGAACUUCAGUAGCUCCUAUCUAAAAGAAAGAAUUGUUUGUACUUCAGAUGUACAAUAUAAGAUUACAGUUAACUGUUAGAACCUCAUUAUUACAAUUUGGAAUUCUAAGACAUCAAUGUUUAUAUUGGAAAAAUAAGGUACAAAUCAGAAACCAACUUGGAACGGGACCCCAGUCAGUUACAGUGUACAUAGAGUAUCUUCAUGCCACAGUGGCAGAAAAUGUUAAGAAAAAUUUAUUAACCUGGCAUCACAGCUUUGUAAGUUGUGAGACAGCAUCCAGUUCUCAGUGAAAACCUUAAUCUGAACAUCCAAAGUCAACAUACAGGGCAACUCGGCCAGGAUUUGAUCCGGGUCUAAUUCUUGUGAGGGGGCAGUUCAACUUUCAUGUAAUUUAUGCCCCCAUUACUCAAUACAUCAAUUUCUAGCAAUUUUCAGUUGCACUUAUAGGCCUUAAUUUACAUUACUCCUGGUGAGUCAUGGUCAGUUAUGUAGUGUUGCAUCCCCAGAGUUCAGGUUUGAUUUUAGCUCCAGAAUCGUAGGAGUGGACACUCAGUACAAAACACACAAUACAAACAAUCUACAAGAAAAGAAGAACAUAGAAGAGCAAUGACAGCCACCCGGAAUGAAGGAAAAGCAAAGUGUUCUGGGUCAUGCAGGCUGAGGACAGACUUUUGGAACUUUGGUGCUAUCACAAUUUUCUUUUUGAUGUCUCAUCUUUGUUGUACAAUAACAGAAUCAAGUAAAAAAAAAAAAAACGAUACUCCAUUUUGAAUGGCUGCCGAAAUUUUAAAUGGUAGUGAGAACUCAUAAUCUGGCAUACUCUGUAAUCUUACAUCCUUAAGGCACUGAGAUCCAGGAAUUGUGGUCAUUACUUGUGACCUACUUUCUAACAUGCAAAGCAUUUCAAGUCUUAAAAGACUGUAUUGUUAUUUAAUUAAAGAACAAGCUAAAUUAAAGAUGGCACAAAGUUAGCUUAAGUGGUCACUCUAAACUAACUUUAUGUGAGUGUGUGUGAGUGUGCCGUUCAAUGCACUUAUAGCUUAGCAGGUUUGGUUCUUGUCUUGAGCCUGAUGCUGUUGGAAUGAGUUCUACACCCAUUAUUAUAGACUAACUGUGCUACCCAUCUAAGAUGGGUUGAAAAUAUAAGUAAUUUACAUGGACCUCAGGGUAUUCAGUGUUAACAUUAACAGCAUCUAUUGGAAUGUAUUUUGCGACUCUUCAAUUCCACCCGGGGAGUAAACAUUAACAUUAUACAAAGUUACUGUCUGUUAUACCUGCAUUUUUAUCAGUCUUUAAUUUAAUAUUGUUUUUUUAUCAGUAUGCUGCUGCUGGAGUAUGUGAAUUUCCCCUUGGGGAUUAAUAAAGUAUCUAUCUAUCUAUCAAAUGCAGGUAGUAGUAAAAUGCAUUGCAUAUUUUGCUCCAACAGAUGGUGCAUUACGGACAUUAGUACUGCUUUUACAAAUUCUAUACCAAAUGGCAUGUAACAGAGACGUAGACAUAGCCCACAGACACUUGUUCUUUCGUUGAAGUGGAUGGAUGCAUGAAUAUUAGAGAUAGAAACUGGAUUCUAACAAUGGUUGGCUUCAAAUCAGCAAAUAAACAAAAGACCUAUGAUUAAAACGGAGUUCUUUAAAGUUAAACUGCCUCUUUAAAUUGCUGUGCCUCAAAAUCUUUUGCACUGAGGUUGCACAAAGAAGAAACAUAUCAAAUACUGAAGAGUCUGUUUUGAAUUGAAUUUAUUAAGGUUAAAAUGGCCUGGGGUUCUCUGCUCUAGAAGGUAAGGGCCCCAUUGCUUCAUGGUUUCAUCUUUGCUUAAAAUAAUAAAUUUGUUUGUUCUUUAAACCGUAAAUUUUAGAUAUCUUUUCAUGUUUUGAAUUAUGUUACAAUAUUGACCCACAAAAUAAUCAAAUUACGCUAAGUUAUUGUAAACUUGUCUAAAAUUGUUUAUUGCCAGUAAAGGCUACAUUUGUUAAUUUGAAUUUGAAAUAAACACCUUCAGAUGCUUUGG